AUUCGACGCAUAUACUCUGGAUUUUAUCGACCUCAAGAGCCCCGGUUAGAGCCGAGCUGGGCAACGCUUGCGCUGCACACCUAUUUGCUCUGUUUAGAGGUUUUAAAUUCCAGAUAUCAGUAAUACCCUGGUUCAUUCAUGAUACUGUAAGCAGGGCUAGAUCCCGCUAGCGAUUCAAUAUGGCGGUUAUCCGCGCCAUACUUUUUUGCACAAUCACGAUUUUCUUGUACGGUAGCAGCGUUUGCCAAAGCGACCUUCGAAGUGCUUUAGCAGCUGUAGAUCGUCGCCAAAAGGAAAUGGCUAAGCUUGAACAGCAAGAACAGUAUGGGUUAAAUCUGUAUGACCAACCUGAGGAAAUAGCAUUCCUUAACAAUCCUGCAGAUGGUCGCAUUUAUGAUAAAGAUUAUAUGGAUGAUGAUGAAUCUCUUAAUAAAAGAUUAAGGUCUGCUUUUAGAGAAAGGAUGGAUGAAGACCGUGAAAACAAACUGGAAGAAUUUGCAAGAAACUUGUAUAAUAACGUUGAAAGUAACCGACUACCUAGUGGUUUGGACACGGGAUACCUUCGUGAACUCUAUAAUCGUUAUUAUGGAAACGACGUCAACUAUCCAGUUGAAAACUUGGCUAAAAGAUAUUAUCCGAUUUAUGGUAUGCAGAAUGUUGGUUUAAGAAAGCGUGGAAGAUUUGUCGAAAAUAACGAAGAGUCCAGUUAUGCAAUUCAUCAUCACAUUCCCCGUCAAGAUGACGACUCAGAUUAUCAUAUGGGAGGAUAUGCUCAAGAUUGCGAGUCUGGUCAUGAAAAUCCAUAUGGCAAUACAAAAAGAUUUCUAGUUGCUAAAAGAAGUAGUGCUUCCAAGAUCAACAAGGACCAAAAAAGGUCUGUUAAGAAGCAAACCGAUCCAAAAGUUGAAAAAGACCUAAGCAAUAUUUUCGGCGCUGAAAAAAAUACUGAAAUUGAGCAUAAUAAGUUAGAGGAUGUUGCUGCUACUACUCCCAAGACUGAAGCAAAGACCAAUGAAGGCACAUUACCUCCAAGAAAAAUUGAGAAAAAAGACAAGCCCAAGAUGGACCCUAAAGAUGACUUAAAUAAGGAGAUUUUUGAACCAGUCGCUCCAAUGAACGAUAGAUCUCUGACGUUAAGAAAGAAAUCGAUCGAUUGGUCCGAUUACUUUGGUUUAGAUCGUCGUAAGAAGUCUGACCCAUCAAAACAGUUAGACAAAGAAUGGUUGAUGGAGAGGUAUCACAAAGCUGUUGCUCUAGCUCCAAAAAAACGAAAUAUGGAACUUCCCUUUGAUUCUUUUCAUAACCAUGAAUCGACUCCUAUGAAAAAAGAUAGUCUUCCUGAUCUAGCAGAAGCAAAAAUUGCUGAAAUGGAUAAGAAACUUGGUAAGCUGGAAGAUGAAAUUGUUGAAGAUGCAUUAAAAUAUACUGGAGCGCAUCAUGAAGAAGCUGAUUCAAAAGAGGUUCAACAAGUUAAGGAUAAUAUUAUUUCCCGCCUCGCUCAAGCCUAUAAUAUUGAAAAGAUGAGGAAUGCCUUGGAAGAGUAUAAAAUGGAGGUGGAGAAAGCUCGUAAGGAGAUUGACUUGCAAUCAAAGGUCAACCGAGGGAUAUUUGCUGAGAAUAUCUCCGAGGAGAAAAGAGUGGCUGUGCCAAGAAAGGAGGCCAUUGAUGAUACCAGGGAUACUUUAGAUGGUGACAAUAAUAUUAAAUGCACUCAGGGAGACGAUUGUCAUGAACAGACCUAUCCUACACCAACUGAUAUUUUGGAAAAUCAUUUUGGCAAUUUAGAAUGCCCCGCAAUCCAGAGAGCUUGUAAUGAUGUUGCGUCGUUAGUCGGACAUUAUGGACAUGUAUUUGAGGCCGCCUGUAAUAUGCACCAGAUGUGUUUAAUUUGUAGCAACAACAGCUGGUUUUCACCCACUCGUCAGUGCAAUAUGUUAUUUUUGACUAAGGCAUUUGAACUCUGUUUGGGCAAAGAGGAAUGCAAAAAAGAAGCUCGACGGUCACUGAAGUACCUGAUGGAUAUCAACAAGUCCUUACAGGCUCAAGCUACUUUAACUGAAGAAUGCGAAGUUCAAUGCCCUGAAAUUGAUGUUUUCUCCAAAUAAAUCCCAAGUCAAGUAGCGUUUUACUAAAUGUACACGGUUACUAAAUAGUACAUCUCAAUCUUUUAAAUCCCCUUCCACAAUUGGUUUACACUGGGUAAUGCUUUUAUCGGCCAAAUAUUCAUUAUUAUCUAUCUAGGUGUUUAAACCCGCAUAAAUCAUUUCAGUAACAACUUAUAGAAAUCUAAAAAGGCUCCUUCUCCAGAUGAACUUAGCAGUUGUUGCUUUUAAUUAAAAGAGAAUAUUCUAACCUUGUUGAUCGUUAUUUUUUUAUGUUUAAAGUUUAUUGUCUUGAUAAAUAGUAUUACUGAUUAUAUAUAGAAAAUAAAUAAAAAAAAUAUAUAUUAUAUCAAUGUAACCCUAAUCGAGCUCAUAUCAAGCGUUAAUAUAGCAUAUUUGGUAUGAGCGAAGAUAACCUUAAAUGUAUAAUUGUAUAACUUAAAAUUACAUAUUAGAUUAAGGCAAAAAAUACAGAUUGUCGUAAGAGAGAUAACUAUUUUAAGAUAAAGUUAAGAAAAAACGAUCUCGCUGUCCUGAUGUAACUGUAUGACAAUAAUUUAUAUCAAUCUUUAUCGACUAAUAUCACAACAUACAGGAACAUUUUCGAAUUCUUACAAAGAGAUCGUUUUAAAGACGAAUUUUAUGAACGGAGAUGGAAUGGACUUUAUUAGACUAUAUUACUAACUAUUUCAAUAUAUUUUAAAUGUA